AUGAGGGACGUGAAACCAGAAGGGACGCAGGGACAAAGGGACCAGGGACGUGAACCAGAAAGGACGCAGGAACAUGAACCAGAAAGGGACGCAGGACGUGACGUGAACCAGAAAGGGACGCAGGGACGUGAACCAGAAGGGACGGGACGUGAACCGCAGGGACGUGAACCGGAAGGGACGGGAACCAGAAAGGACGCAGACGUGAACCAGAAAGGGACGCAGGGACGUGAACCAAAAGGGACGCAGGGACGUGAACCAGAAAGGACGCAGGGAGUGAACCAGAAAGGGACGCAGGGACGUGAACCAGAAAGGGACGCAGGGAUGGGCCAGGAAGGGACGCAGGGACGUGAACCAGAAAGGGACGCGGGUCAGGAAGACAAAAGGACGCGGGUCAGGAAGGGACGCAGGGAUGGGCCAGGAAGGGACGCAGGGAUGGCCAGGAAACCAU